UUUUAUAGUUCAUUUUUAAUUCUGACAAGAAAGCUGGUAAACCUGUUUGUGUCUACGUGGAUACAACAAAAUUUGAGUUCUCAUCUGCUGGUUGUGUAACAGACACUACAAAUUUCACUGCUAAUGGCGUGGUUUGUCAUUGUGAAGAAGGACGUACAUUCAUAUUGCUUAAUGAAAGUCCGCCAGUUCUUGGUAUGGAUCCUCCGUUGAAGGCUGUUGGUUUAGCUGGUACUGCAUCCAAUAUAGCUGUUUCGGCUGCUAGUAUAAUGGCAUUGGUGAAGAUGGCAAAAUUGAAGUCAAUGCCUGAAUCUAAUAUUGUUCGAAACGUCAUCAUCGCAGUUCAAGCCUCUAACGUAGCUUUGUUGGCGGAGACUAGCUUCGACAAGGUCAAAACCAGAGAUGAACAAAAUGCUUUAGCAAUGGCAUUACAAUAUGCUGUUGUACUAGUAUUCCUGUGGCUAUUUAUAUUGAUAAUAGACCUUUGUAUAGACGUGUUUCGUCCGUCUUGGAACAAACGUCAUCGCAAGUGUUGUUACCAUGCUUUCGCUUGGACAUUUCCAUUGCUUAUAGUUGCUUUAACAUGUGGACCUCUUUGGGACGAGUACACGUCAAGCCAAUACAGAAACUGGCCGAAUCCUGAAAACGGCGCUAUCUGGGGACUUAUUAUACCUAUAUGUGUAUUUAUAUUGGGUGCUUUAAUUGGUCUAAUUGUUCUACUAUGCUGUUCAAUUACGUCCAAGAAAGAUGGUGACGGAGAUUCUCAUCAAAUGCUGAAAUUGCUUAUGUAUGGGGGCCUAGUGUUACUUCUUGGUUCCCUAUGGAUCUUCGGUGUUAUAGCACUCACGAAUGUUGGGUUGCAGUAUCUCUUUACGAUGGCCAAUGCCAUGAUGGGAGGAGUUAUUCUGAAAGGUCUCAUGAUGCUUAGUAAGAUGAGCAGCGAAGAAUCUUCAAAAGAGGUUGUUGAUGUUAAAACUGAAGAAAGCAACAUGGUCGUCAGCACUGUCAGCGCCACAAAGUCCAAUGUAGAAGUAGUAGACACUUCAGUUGAACGUAAUGCGUAUUACGUUGAUGGUAGAGUUGUUGAAACAGCAUUCACUGGCCCGAGGGUAGUGCAGACUGGUUAUGGUGGAUAUGGGGAUGUGUACGGUGAAGACAUCAUCGUCAGAAGAGUAAUUAAAAGAAGGGUUAAUGAUGACUAUGCAUAUGCACCUAGAGAAGCAGUUUACUACGACGAUACGUACGGCGGGAGAGAUAUCAUGGAAAGAAGAGUUAUUACAAGAAAUGACCAAUAUGAAUAUCAACCUAGAGAAAUAGCUUAUUACGACGACAGCACGUAUUCCGACAGAGAUGUAGUUGAAACGACCGCCAGCGAACGUGUGGUAGAAAGACACGUAUCACCAGAAUUUAGAGACAGGUCGUCACGAAGCUAUGUUACUGAGUACACAGAUGUUUAUGAAACUGUACCUACUGUAAGAAAAUCAGAAAGAGUUUAUGUGUCGUAUCGAUAAGAUGGGGUAGAUAACGUAUGUAUAAUAUCGGAGCGUAAAUAAAAUCACUUUAGAGAUUGUCAGAUUAUUCAAAUAAAAAGUAAUAAUAAUAAUAAUAAUUAAUAAUUAUAACAUUAACAAUAAUUGUAAAUGAAAAUAUUAUGUCAGCCUUAUUACUACAAAAUUUCUAUGAAACACUUACCCCCGGUACUCAGCUCUAUUCCUGGAAAUGCUGAGCAUUUAAAAUUACGUUUACGUAUACAAGUCACUUUAUAUUACCUGAUUCUUCCCUCUUAGUCAUCGGACCCUGUCCCACCGCAUAACCUUCGCGCCCCCAUUGACCCGAUGUCAAUAGGUACUCAGCCACUGGAGAGAGAGAGAGAGGGGAGCGGUGCAAUACCAGAAUAUUUUGUAUAUACAGUAUAUUUCUUUAGAUUUAAUAUGUUAAUUCCAAACAUACUUAUUUAAUUCCAAAUUGUAAUAGAGGUGGAAAUUACUUUGAGCAGAUACACUCAUAUAUCAAAUGAUUUAGGCCUAGUAUUUACUAUAGCUUAAAUAUUAUAAGGAAAUCAUUUUAUAUUCAAUAUAUACUUAUAUAUAAUAUUUAAUAUAUCGCUAAAGAAGUGCCAAGCGUGCCCGAAAUAUUCGAUAUAAUAUAGUAGGCCCUACGUCUUAUAUGUCAACGUAUCGUUUCUACUACUGAUCGUGUUUAUUGAUUAUCAGGUAAGACAUACGUGGCAUAUACAGUACUUAAUGUUAUUAUAAAUAUAAUAUAUACAUACGAUAUAUUAUACAUUUAUAUCCAUAUUACUAAAUAUGCAUAUAUAUACAUAUAUAUAUAUAUAUAUAUGUAUAUAUAUUUAUGUAUAUAUAUAUAUAUGACGGUAGCCAUCUAAAGCCUAGUAAACAUCAAAAUUAUGUCCAGUUUCUUGAAAAUUCACAAGGUAAUAUGGAGAAUGCAUUCUCAUCGAACUAACUCUUGUUACCUAUCUAUAUCGUGUGACUGAAACUUCGAACUGCAUCAAAUUGAAUGAGAUUCAUAUACGAAUUAUGUUGAGAAGAGUUUUUGAGAGGAAGUUUAUUGUAGGGAGGCGUAUAUUUUUUGGCGUAAAAAGGAUACGAAUAUACUCAAUAUAAACUUAAUUUAAUAAACUUAAUUUUACUGUAAAUGUGGAACUACAACAUAUAGUUACCGUCAAAAUGUGUUACUGCGUGAUCGUAAAGACUUACUGAUCCCAACCAGGUUAGAAAAAAUGUAAUACUCCUGGCGUAAAACAUUAAUAGAAUGUGUUGAGAAUGACGUUGCUUCCAUCAGAUUUGUUUAGAGGGGCGUUUAUUCAAGAAAGAAAUAGUAGCCUCGGGGUGUUUAUUCGAGGGAGGCGUUUAUUUUAAAUGAGGUCGAGGGGGCGUUUAUUCGGAUAAGUACGGUAAAUGCGUUUUGACGCAAUAGUCACGAAUUAUUUUCCCUUUGAUUUUUUUUUAUGAUUGCAAU